UCGCGCCCGCCCGCUCUCGCGCCUUCGCGGUCUCCUCGCGUCCCUGCGGCCCGAGCGCGGCGCCAUGUCGGAGCCCGGCGGCGGCGGCGGCGAGGACGGCUCGGCCGGCCUGGAGGUGUCGGCCGUGCAGAACGUGGCGGACGUGGCGGUGCUGCAGAAGCACCUGCGCAAGCUGGUGCCGCUGCUGCUGGAGGACGGCGGCGACGCGCCCGCCGCGCUGGAGGCGGCGCUGGAGGAGAAGAGCGCGCUGGAGCAGAUGCGCAAGUUCCUGUCGGACCCGCAGGUCCACACGGUGCUGGUGGAGCGCUCCACGCUCAAAGAGGACGUUGGUGAUGAAGGAGAAGAGGAGAAGGAAUUCAUUUCCUAUAACAUCAACAUCGACAUUCACUAUGGAGUGAAGUCCAACAGGUGAGUGUGCAAGUGCGUAGUCCCACCACUCCCCUGUGGGGAUCCACUGGCAGUCGCGGCCCUUCAGCCCAGACAUUAAGAAAACACUCAAAAGAUGUCUGCUCUUUAAAUUCAGUAUGUUAUCUUUGAUUUCAUGUGUUCAAAUUAAAAGGAUUCUGAGUCGAUGUAAAAUGUAAAGUAUGUUUAUUGCCACACCACAGCAACCUUGUUGGAUUUGAGUCCGUGUACUUGACAUGGCUGAUGGUGCUGGCAGGUUGGUCUGGAUUUCUACUACUCUCAUAACGGGAAGCCUUCUUAGCAUUCUUUUCAGGAUAAAUCCCGGAAGGUAGUGGUACUGGUUCAGAGACAGUGCAGCAU